AGAAACAGUUUUUAAGGUUGCCCAUUUUGGUGUUAACCUCCUCAACAACCAGAACCAAACAGACCAUAUACCUUUAGAAAAAAUACAAAAAUGUAUUGUCUUCCGCAUGUGUUAUUACUGUGGAUUGAGGGGAUCAGAAAAUAUGUUUCAUUCAUGGUAAUAAAUUGUAUUGUUCCUCUGACUUUUAAUAAGUUCAAUCUAGAUUAAUUUUAAAUUACUAUAGCGAUUAUUAUUUUAUUCUGUGUAUGAUUUUGCUAUAGUGGUUAUAAUAAUCAACUUUUUAAAAUAAUUACAGAUAAAUUUUAUAUCUCUCAGAGUGAUACAAAUGAAUAACUAACCUAAUCACGAUGAUCCUUACAUGAUAAUAAAUAUAGAGCUGUUUUAAAAAUAUAUUUGUCUCAACAAUUACCCUGAUUACUACUGUGGAUCUAUGAACUUGUUUGGAAUUGUGGGGGGAGUGGGGGGGCAUAAUUAUGCUGAGUCAUGUGGUAUUAAAGUGUUUUACAUUAGCUCUUGUGACACUCUAGUAAUUUAUAAAGAGUAAUUUUCAGUAACAUCUCAAAUACAUUUAAAGCUUGAUCAAUUGUGGUUUUAUAAGACUAACCCAAAAAUCAUAAGUAGUCUGCCACAAUCCCUCCUACCAGGUAUAACACAUUUACCUGGAUUUGUACCAAAGUAUGACCAAAAAGAUUGCCACACACCCCUCCUUUUCCAAUAGGAGCAUUUUGAUACUUAAUAAAUACAUUUUAUGACAUUCAUUAUUAAAUGUAAAUUUAAAUAUCUAUAUUAAUCGGUUUUUCUGAUUAUUUUUUCAAGUGUUAACUGUGAUGCAGUGAUGUAUUGUGAUGAAGAAUGUCAACUAAAAUCUUGGAAGGAAGAUCACAACAUAUGGUGUACAAAAUUGAAACGAUAUAUGCAGAUGGAAUCACAAAUGGCAAACCUACCUUUUGAGUUCAUAAAAUGUUAGUAAAGCUAAAACACAAUUAUUUUUUUAAUCUUAGUUUUUAAGUAUUUUACAAUAAAAUUGUACAUUUGACAAUUUUGUUUUCUAGUUAGAGAUUUAAAAAUAUCUUUUAAUAUUUAAGUACCGCACCCAAGGGAUUAAUCAAUUUCAAGUUAUCUUGACUGAUAAAGAUUCCAACUAUGUUUUUUUCUUUUUGACAAAAGUACAUUGAAGGAACUAUAAAGCUUGUUUACUUUUCAGAUACCACAAACAGAAACUUUACUUUAGAGAAGUUGAGAAGUCUCUUAGAGAAAAAUGAUGUCUAUGAUAAGGGCUUAUGGAGAAGAGAAUGUCAAAAAACAGACAGCAAAUUUUGUUUACCUUUUGGUAAUCAUGUAACUUUGCAUUGAUGUCAUGUUGAAAGUGUUAAUUACAAGUCUUAUAUUAUGUGUAAUGAUCAAGUAUCAAGUAAAGAUUUAAAAUAAUAUAUUUUUUUAAUCAACAUAACAUCAGGAAAGAUUCUUACAAGUUUCAAAAAAUGGUGCUUACAUGUUUAUGUUUUCAAAAAUACUUUAAAAUUGUUAAGGGUAAUGAAACGAAAGCAAAUGUUUUAAAAAUAAACCUUUCACAAAGUUUAAUGUCCAUUGUGUUGUCUUUCUUGCUUUUGAUUUCUUUCAGAAAUUUAGAAAUCAAUGGUUUAUAAAGGCUUCUUAGUUAUAAUUUUUGGUAUUACAAAUCUUUUCUAAAUUUCACCAUUCCUCCAAUUUAUAUAUUUCUAUUAUUUUCUAGGAGAGUUAGACAGUAAUGAAAAGCCAUAUGCACUUCCUCUUGAAGGUGCAGUUUUAGAAAAUCCUCCCACAGAAGCCCCAGCCUUGGAAAAUCCACUCACUAAUUGGUCUGAUUAUUACAACUUCAGGGGAUUUUGGUUCGAUUCCAUAAUCUGUGGCCUUUUACAUUAUCCACUUACCCUCUACUGGAUUAUUACCAACAGCCUUCCAAAAUACUGUAAUACCAUUUUUUUUUUUUUAAAGUAA